AUGUUUCUGGGGUUGUGGCCAUCGUGGCGAUGUCUUGCAUAUCUGGUGGUCAUGCCCGAGACUGGUCCGUUUUUGGUCUCGUGUAUUUGGCCUCCUUUUCACGUUGUUUCAUCUAUCCAUACGCCGGGAUGCUCGGUAUGCCUUGCUUCAUUGCCCCACACCGGAAGCUGGCGUCCUAUUUGUUUCUGUCGGCCACCAGAACAAUUGCUCAGGCCUGGAAGAGUCCGUUUGUCCCUUUUCAGGGGGUGCGGGAUCGUAUGACCAAUAUGAUGCUUAAUGAGCAGAUGUCGAGCAUAUGCAACGACUCCCAAUGUAAAUUCUCGAAAAUAUGGGAACCAUGGUUGCAAUAUGCCUUUCCCACGCUUCCUUUGGCUAGUAUGGGGAUGUACUGGCGUUAG